AUGACUGAUCGGCCAGAAGGUGAGGACAACAGAGCCCGCUGGGGUCUGUACAGUCCAAAAAGCGCAAUGGAUCGAGACAUUCUGAUGUUUGUGACGGGAGCCUAUGUAGGGCCAGCGCUUGAAGAAAGUGAUGACUGGACGGAUCCAGAGACAGACUCCCCCAAGAAUAUUUGGGGCUUCUGGGGUGGGUUCUUCGACUGGUUAGUUCCUGACAAAGUCAAGGCCUGGUUUUCCAAUAGACCCGGAUUUGACAGCUAUAAGGAGGGAAGCGCUGAUUUGUUGGCCUUGAUUGAAAAGCUCGACGCCGAACCAGACCCGUCGUUCUACGACAAAUAUUACAGCAACCCCGACAAUGAAGGAUACGGAUAUCUUUAG